UCUACGCUGUGUCUGGUCUUCGCACUCAGUUCAGCUUCGGUCACUGAAUAGGUCUGUCGUGAUCAACACAGCCGUGGGCAGAGGGGCAUCUUCAACGCCUUCUCAUAUUUAUCCGUUGCUGGCACAACAUUUUGUAUUCAAGCAAACAAUUAAACGCGACAAUGGAGGUCACGACUUUGUUGCUGUUUGUCGUCGUCACCGCAGCGUCCAUGUUGUUGUUCUUUCGAGACCCGAGAAGAGCUCGCAUGGUGCGACUCAUCGAGAAGCUGCCUGGACCAUUUGCCUUCCCUAUGUUCGGCACUGCUCUCCCCUUCAUACUGGCGUCGAGGAACAAGAGGAUGAAAUUAUUGGAGGACAGAGUCAACCAGUACCAACCGAUCUACCGUGCCUGGAUUGGGUCUACACCGACGAUCAAUAUCACACGACCUGAACACGCAGAGGCUGUCCUAAACAGCAUCAGACAUCUGGACAAGCCGUUCGCUUACAAGUUCCUGCGCCCCUGGCUGGGAACUGGGCUGCUCACGUCGUCAGGUCAGAAGUGGCACACCCACAGGAAGAUGAUCACGCCGACUUUCCACUUCAAGAUCUUGGACAACUUCGUGGAAGUGUUCUCGGAGAAGAGUAAGAUUCUGGUCACCAAAUUGCAGAAGGAAGUCGGAUCUCAGGGCUUCGACGUGUAUCCCUACAUCACCCGCUGUGCCCUGGACAUUAUCUGUGAAACUGCAAUGGGGACCCCAGUUUACGCUCAAGAAGACUUAGAUUCGCCUUACGUCUCUGCAAUUUACGAUUUGAGUGAGGUCACGAUAUUCCGGAUGAUACGCCCUUGGCUUCACCCAGAUUUCCUGUUCAGACUGAGUUCCGCUGGCAAGAAGUACAAUGAGCGUCUGACACUGCUACACAGCUUCACAAACAAGGUGAUUAAGGAAAAGAAGUCUCUGUAUGCGACCAAGAGCCAAAGGACGGAGGACAAGGGUGUCAGCGAAGACGACGAAAUAGGCAGGAAGGAGCGAGUGGCUUUCCUGGACAUGCUACUAGAUGUCUCUGAAGGAGGCAGGAAGCUGACAGACGAAGAAAUACGAGAAGAAGUGGACACUUUCAUGUUUGAGGGCCAUGAUACGACAAGCGCUGGGAUGUGCUGGGCGCUCUAUAUGCUGGGUCUCCAUCCUGAUGUGCAGGAAAAGGCGUACCAGGAGCAGAAGAGCAUCUUCCAAGGGUCUGACCGCUCUCCAACGAUGAAGGACCUCAACGAGAUGAAAUACCUUGAGAGGGUCAUCAAAGAGACCCUAAGAUUGUACCCCAGUGUUCCGGGUAUUGGAAGAGUUUUGAAUGAAGAUGUUAAGAUGGGUGAAUUCAUAGUGCCUGCAGGCUCCACAGUGCAUCUUCACAUAUACUUCCUCCAUCGGAACCCCGAUCAGUUCCCCGACCCCGAAAAGUUCGACCCGGACAACUUCCUGCCGGAGAGGACAUCAAAGAGACACUCCUACGCCUACAUCCCCUUCAGCGCAGGCCCCAGGAACUGCAUAGGGCAGAAGUUCGCCCUGCUCGAGGAGAAGACGGUGCUCUCCUACAUUCUACGUCACUACAAACUGCGUUCCCUUGACAAGAGAGAGGACGUCGCUCUGUUAAGCGAGCUCGUGCUGAGACCAGAAAAUGGAGUGAGGUUAGGUUUAUCUCUGCGGAAUGUUGGCAUGAAGUGACUGCCGCCAGCGCUCCUAGCGGGGACUGAGAUUCUUCAAAAUGCGCGCACAAAGUAUAAUACCGAACCAUUCGACGACUGUACAUGACCACGAAAACAUUCCGAUGACAUCACGAACAUAAUCGUAGGUUUACAAUUUUGCUGUUGUUAUGUUUAAUCACAUUUUGAAAAUUAUCUCACGCGCUGUUAUUGAUGGUACAGACAUAAUUUGUGAAGUCAUACCUAGUCGCUUUCCCAAUUAAACAGUGCAAUAUACAAAAAAAAAAAUUAUGUUACUGUAAUAAAAUACAUAUAUAAAUAUAUAAAAUACUCAUUUAUCCAGUAUGAAGCUUCUCUGAUGAUGCAUCCUGAUUAUAUUUCUUCGUUCAAUCUUUGUAGAAGUAAAUAUUACGAAACAUC